CCUCUCUUCAAAAUUUGAAUCACGUACAGAGUUCACAUUCAACAUUUCAAGCUUCUUGAAGCCAGAGAACCAAUUUGAAACUGGGAGCGCAUUCUAAAGGGUCCGUAGCCAUGGAGCACUCUGAUCAGCUGAAGAAUACAGAUUUGAUGACCUUGACAAGAUUUAUUCUCAAUGAGCAGCACAAGUACCCCGAGGCGACUGGAGAUCUUACGAUUCUGUUGAAUCACAUUGCACUUGGCUGCAAGUUUGUCCAGUCUGCGGUCAACAAAGCAGGGCUUGCAAAACUCAUUGGGCUUGCUGGUGAACAGAAUGUGCAGGGAGAGGACCAGAAGAAGCUCGAUGUCUUGUCGAACGACGUUUUCAUCAAGGCGCUCACGAGCAGUGGAAGGACCCGGGUGUUGGUUUCGGAGGAGAACGAGGACGCUAUUCUGAUUGAGAAGGGGAAGAGGGGCAGGUAUUGUGUUGUGUUCGACCCUUUAGAUGGCUCGUCGAACAUUGAUUGUGCGGUGGCGGUCGGGACGAUCUUCGGCAUCUACCAGGUUACCGAGCCUGAGCGCGAGGGCAAGAUCGAGGACGUGUUGCAGCCUGGAACCAAGAUGGUGUCCGCAGGCUACUGCAUGUAUGGGAGCUCAUGCGAGCUGGUGCUCACGACAGGAGAGGGGGUCACUGGCUUCACACUUGAUCCUUCUCUCGGGGAGUUCAUCUUGACUCGUGCGAACAUCAAGAUUCCGAAGGCGGGCAAAAUCUACUCUGUCAACCAAGGGAACGCUGUCAACUGGGAUGCGCCGACCACUGCUUACGUUGAGGCAUGCCAGAAGAAGACGAAGUCGCUGCGCUACAUUGGAAGCAUGGUCGCUGACGUUCACCGGACCCUACUGUACGGUGGCAUCUUCUUGUACCCCGCGGACAAGAAGAGCCCCAGCGGCAAGCUGCGUGUUCUGUACGAGUGCUUCCCCAUGGCUUUCAUCAUGGAGCAGGCUGGCGGCCAGGCCUUCACUGGCAAGGGCAGGAUGCUGGAGCUGGUGCCCACGAAACUCCACGAGCGGUCCCCCAUCUUUCUCGGAAGCUACGACGAUGUCGAAGACGUCAAGAAGCUGUAUGCCGAAAAGGCCUCCAGUUAAGAAGUCAACCCUGAUGGUUACUGCAGCCACGAUCCAGUCGAAGAACGUUUGACGGAGGAGAAACGGUUAUGUAGCAGGGCAAAAGCAUGCACAAUGGAGAGGCUAAGGUAGGACUGAGGUUGACUAAUGCGUUUGGAUUAACGAGUGAAUCGUUGAACGGAAGAUUGACUGGCAAUCGAUUGGAACGAGUUUGCACCUGAAAUGGGAAACGGUUUGCCGAGUCACGACCAUGGAGAGAAUUGUCAAGAAGCUGUGCCUCUUCGCUUUUUCCAGUCAACUGGUGAGUCCAAGCUGGGAAAUCCCUAUGUCUGGAGUGCCUGUCAGUAAUCUCGAAGACGGACGUUCGAUCUGUGAUCAGUAUCCAGUG